AUGUUGCUUACACAGCAGUUAGCUCAUCUGACCAAGCUGAUCCAGAUUAUUGUUGGCCAAUACUUUGCGCCGCUCUCCUCGCUCCUCAUCGUUCACAACAGCACGUGUGCAACGCAGCUUCAACAGAGUUAUCUAACGGCUUUGCAACUGGCCCUUCGGAAUCUCAGCCAGCCCCAGCUGCUGCAGUGGAUCAACGUUGCCCAGCUGCCCGAUGACGAAUCUCAGCCGGACGCCCUUGAAUGGCAAGUGCUGCGCGCUGUCAACGCCAGCGUGACCGAGGGCUUCAUCACUGUGCUGCCGGACACAAGGCAUUUUCUCCACGCUCGUUACUUUGCCACACGCAAUGCCAACGUUAGACUCAAGGAUAAGCUCUAUCUGUUUCUGUGCGAGCAGGAAGAACCCAGGGAUCUCAUGAGUAUGGAUAUUUUGCAAUUCUACCCGCACCAUCUGAUGGUGCGGCCCGCAGAGCAAGCAAAUAAAGGAUGCGGCGAAACAGACGUAGGUGGAUUUGUGUCUGGAGUUGGAGAGGCCGCAGUUAGCUUGCCUCACCCAUACCGCGACAUCAAUUUGGAGCUGUGGACACAGAAGUUUGUCGGUGGCAGUGGAAAUUUGGAUGCUAUAUUCUUGGACGCAUUCUUGCCGAACGAAACUUUUGCCCAACGAGCCGAACUUUAUCCCAACAAACUGCUCAAUCUGCAGCGACGCGCGCUACGCCUCGGCUCCAUUACUUAUGUGCCAUACACAGUUACUAAUUAUGUGGCAGCUGGUGUCGGCAAUGAGGAUCCAAUUAACCCGCAUAAAGCCAAGCGGACAAUUGCCUACGACGGCUCCGAGGCAAACAUUAUGAGGACCUUCUGUGAGGUGCACAACUGUCAUCUGCGCGUCGAGGCCUAUGGCGCUGACAACUGGGGCAGCAUCUAUGACAAUGAAAGCGCCGAUGGCAUGCUGGGCGACAUCUAUAAGCAGCGCGUAGAACUGGCCAUAGGCUGCAUAUACAAUUGGUACGAUGGCAUAACGGAGACCUCGCAUACCAUAGCUCGAUCGGCAGUGACCAUCUUGGGACCUGCUCCCGUUCCUCUGCAAGCCUGGUGCACCGAUAUUCUGCCAUUUAAUAGCGGCACCUGGUUCCUGCUGAUGUCCACGAUUGCCGUGUGCAGCCUGGUCUUGUAUGUUCUUCGAUACUCUAACUACAUUAUGAAAAAGCCCGUGCAAAAGAUUCUCUUUGUGCAUGCCGAAAAUCUGGAAAAGUCUCUUCUGGACAUAUUUGCGCUCUUCAUACAGCAGCCAUCGGCGCCCGUGACCUUUGAUCGCUUCGCCACGCGCUUCUUUCUGGCCACAAUGCUGUGCGCGACAAUCACGCUGGAGAACAUUUACAGCGGGCAGUUGAAGUCGCUGCUCACAGUGCCUCUGUAUGCCGCACCAGUGGACACCAUCGAGAAGUGGGCUCAGGCGCAAUGGAAGUGGGCUGCUCCGUCCAUUAUCUGGGUGCACACCGUGGAGAAAUCUGACUUGGUAACGGAGCAGAUACUCGCCAAGAACUUCGAGGUGCGCGACUACAGCUACAUGUACAAUGCGAGCUUUCAACACAACUAUGGACUGGGCAUCGAGCGUCUGGCCUCUGGUGCAUUCAACUUUGGCAACUAUGUGACACGCGAGGCUGUGGAGAGCCGCAUUGUGAUGCACGAUGAUCUCUACUUUGACUGGACGCGGGCUGUGUCGAUUAGGGGUUGGACGCUGAUGCCACAGCUGAACAGACACAUACGCGUCUGCCAGGAAUCGGGUCUCUACGUGCACUGGGAGCUGGAGAAUGUUGACAAGUAUUUGGAUAAGAAAACGGGCCAGGUGCUCUUCAAUCAGGCCAUUGGCUAUGUGCCCAAGAAGGCGCCCAAGGCCCUUGAAGUAGGCGACAUUUCCGCUGCGCUGUUCGUGCUGGCCUUUGGCCUUACCAUUGCCGGCUGUGCUCACUUGCUGGAGCAGCUGCAUCAACUGCUCCGACACAGGUGCAACUAA